AUGCCCAUCCGUGUCGCCGCCGCCUCCAUCUCGAGCUCGUCACGAAAGGACGCCAGCUCCGUCACGCCGCACUCUGCCAGCGGUCUCAUCAAGAAGGAGCGCAAGGAGGUUCCCCUGCCCAGCCAGGAGCCCACCAAGGGCGUCUUGCAAUAUGCUCUCACCUCCCUCGACGUAAUAACGAACUGGGCCCGCCAGUCCUCCCUCUGGCCCAUGACCUUCGGUCUCGCCUGCUGCGCCGUCGAGAUGAUGCACCUCUCCACGCCCCGAUACGACCAGGAUCGUCUCGGCAUCAUUUUCCGCGCCUCCCCGCGUCAGUCCGACGUGAUGAUCGUCGCCGGCACCCUCACAAACAAGAUGGCCCCCGCCCUGCGCCAGGUCUACGACCAGAUGCCCGACCCCCGCUGGGUCAUCUCCAUGGGCUCCUGCGCCAACGGAGGCGGCUACUACCACUACAGCUAUUCCGUCGUCCGCGGCUGCGACCGCAUCGUCCCCGUCGACGUCUACGUCCCCGGCUGCCCCCCGACCUCCGAGGCCCUCAUGUACGGCAUCUUCCAGCUCCAGCGUAAGAUGCGCAACACCAAGAUCACCCGCAUGUGGUACCGCAAGUAG